AUGGAUAUGAUGACUGAGAAACAGAGAGAUACUAGGUAUUUCUGGAACAAUACUCCUGAAAAAAGCGAUUACGAGGCUGUAGAAGCCCUUAUUUCUAUGAGUUGCAACUGGCAAUCAGACUUGAAAAAACAUGCAGAAAUGAGACCGAUAACUCCAGCAUCUGAUAUGUCAGAAGAGAGUGACGAGACUUUGCUUCCUGGAGCAGCAGAUUUUAAUGCGAUACCAACAUUUUGCCUGACCCCCCCCUACAGCCCUUCCGACUUGGAGAUGUCGCAGGCGGUGCAUCCAGCCGCCGCGGUGCUCGGCACCUCGCUGGCUGAGGUUGCCAAGUCUCUGGCUGCAGCUCGGAGGGAGGCAGAGAGGCCUCUGAAGGCUCAAGCCACCAGUGUUAUCCGCCACACGGCUGAUGCCCAGCUCUGCGAUCGCAAAACCUGCCCGGUGAGAACAGCCAGCGUGCUGAAGUACCGGGACAGUGCGUCGAGGGAGACGAGCAGCAAACCAAAUGCCGAAGCAGAACAGUCAGUGUGUCCCGCCCUGGCGCCAAGCAGAGCCAGCGAUGAGAGCGGUGAACUGCCGGUGGCUGAAGGACAGCCCGUGGAACCAGCUGUCAGUCCGGUGCCCUUGACAAAGCCCUCCGUCAGCAGGCAUCAGCCUGUCCCCGGAUCGGCACAGCAGUCGGCAGCAGUGGCCCCGCCGUGCCCCGCCCAAGGCAGUGGAGCGCCCCCUGUGCCGGUGAUCUGCCAGAUGGUCCCCCUGCCCGCAAACAACAAUGUUGUGACAGCCGUAGUGCCCAACACCGCACCGAGCCAGCAGCCGGCUCUCUGUCAGCCCAUGGUCUUCAUGGGCCCUCAAGUUCCCAAAGGUGCCGUCAUGUUUGUUGUUCCCCAGCCAGUUGUGCAGAGCACAAAGGCUCCCGUUAUCAGUCCGAACGGUACGAGACUUUCUCCCAUUGCCCCCGCUCCUGGCCUCGUACCUUCUGCAGCAAAAACCGCUCCUCCGGUUGAUUCUUCCAGAAUAAGGCGGCACAUUUGCAGCUACCCAGGAUGUGGGAAAACAUACUUCAAGAGCUCCCACUUGAAGGCUCACGUCAGAACACACACAGGGGAAAAGCCGUUUAGCUGUAGCUGGAAAGGCUGCGAGAGAAGGUUUGCGCGGUCUGAUGAACUGUCUCGCCAUCGCAGGACGCACACCGGCGAGAAGAAGUUUGCCUGCCCGAUGUGUGAGCGGCGGUUCAUGAGGAGCGACCACCUAACGAAGCACGCGCGUCGCCACUUAUCGGCUAAGAAGUUACCGAACUGGCAGAUGGAGGUGAGCAAGCUAAACGACGUCGCCGUGCCGCCGCCACCUGCGACCGCGCAGUGA